CAUUCCCACACUCUCAUCAAAGACUGUCAGCUAGUUUGAGAUAUUAAUUGUCUACCUCCUUGCGUUUUUUUUUACGAACCUAGCAUCAUCUCAAACAUUCUAAAAUGAAAUACUAACGAGUAGGAAGCAACAGAACUCCUCACCAUGACCGCUGGUGCAGAAGUCGUGAAGCCUGAUAAACCUGACAAGCGCCGCCCAGAGACACCCCAAGAGCAGGCCAUCCCACCACCUAUCAGCGCUCCAAAAAGACUUAAACUCGCUUUCCAACCCCAUUCCACCACUAGUAGUUCCUUCGUCACCACUCCUGAGCCCAUCGAAGAAGAUUCAGAUGUUGUUUUGAGCCCCGGUCACGCUCCAGGCUACAUACAAUGGAAACAAGCUCCUGUUCCUGAUUUGACAAAUGAAACUGAGGAAGAGAAGAAACACCGAGUAAGCUGUUCUUGACUUUCACCCUUAAUCUUUACUUUAUAUUAAAAUGACUCCAGCUCAACAAGAGACAUGCACCAAAAGGUAAACGAGGCGCUCGCUACAUCGACGACGGCACGACCGAUCGAAGCCCCGCAGUCUUGGGUAAACCAGAUAACUCCAAACUUGUAAUUCGUUUCAAGACAGAAGAAACCGACGAGUACACGAACGAAGUGGUUGAAAGUGAUGUUAGAUUCGAAUACUCUGAUGAUGCGAAGGGUGUUCAAGUAGAUUGGAAUAGUGCUAAAUCCAUACACGCACUAAACAACUGGCGAAGUCAGCUUACUCGAAGAGCGAUUGGGAAGGCCUAUGAUAACAAGGAGUUCUGGACGGUGCAGGAACAACAAAUUCUUACUGCCUUAAUUCGCGAUUAUCUCGACGGUGGAAAGGAUAUUGAUUGGAUGCAAAUUGCCCGCGAAUACAACUCUUUGGUUAGAAAUAUUGAGCAGGAAAAAGGUACUCCAGGUGCUCCUCGUCGUUAUCGUUGUCAAGGUAAUGAUAAGAGUUCACGAGAAGCUGUCUCUAUUUCUAUGCCCCUUCGAGAGAAUAGGCGGAUUCCUCAGCGAUCUGAUUGGGUAAUUCGACAGGAAAUUAGUUACUUCCGUGCCCCUGAUGCUAUUGAAGUCAUGGAAAGGCUAAGAGCUAGCAUACUUCCUCAGCGGAACGGCCAUCCACCAAUAAGAUCUAUCAGGGGAAAGAAACAACCAGCUAGACAAAGCAGAAGUAAAUCAACUGUCCGAGAGUCUUCUGAGGACCAAGACGACUCGCAUGUUUCUUCUGCAUAUGAGAAUGAUCGCUCGUUAGUUGAAUCACCAAUGGAAACGACACCAAACCAUCCAAAACAUCUUCUUACUCAGCCUCGACCACUACAACCUCGUCCAGUAGCUAUUCCUCAAUCUAAACCCGAGCCUCCUCCUCGUCAAUAUAAGAAACGCAAUGUGUAUAACGAGGAAAUUGUUUAUGAUAAACCAUCUGAGGAAUUGGACCGUUCUUCAACCAAUCCCAACGCCAAGCGGUUAUUCGGAGGGAAACAACAAGCUCUUGAUCUUCUGGCUGAUCAGGCUGCUAUUAAGUGUAAUCAUUUUCCUGAAGCAAAUCAACGGACUGCUCUUCGACUUAUUGCACCUGGUCCUGCACCUGGUCCUGCAUCUGAACUCAUCAUACUUAGGCCCAUAAUACCAAGAACAAUUCCAGCAGCCACAAAUUCCCCCUAUCCAACCAGUCGGGUGCAGGCACAAAAACCGAUUACUUCCAUAACCCCGCUCACCCCAAAAGCUUUCACUCCUCGCCAGCCUAUCACCUCGAGCUCUCCAGCUUGCAGACCCUCUGGUCCCAGCCAUCGUCACCGACCCAAUCUCUCCCAAUCCGAAUAACCAACCCAUCCACCCUCCUCACACACCAUCUCUAAAUCUCCCACACCCCAUUACAAUAGCACCAAUCCAUCGAUCUGGGAAAUCAAUCGCGAGAAUGUUGCUGCAGAGGCCACUGCUUCUAGUAUUACCAAGAAACCUACUUCCUCGGAGCUUACUCCCAAGGUGUGACUAAACCGGUUAGGUUUUUCUCGCUUCACUGCUGUCGAUUCUUGGUCUGCUAUCUUUUACGGGGUAUUUUUGUAAGAUUUAAUUAGGUUUUUUUUUUAUCAGAGAAAGUUUUGUAGUUUAGUCUAGAUGGGAUUGUGGAAUUUGGAAUUUUGACUUUGGGGGAUUGUUUUUGAGGAGGUUUUUCGUUUUUUAUUCUUUAGGGGUUCGUUUAUGCGUAUUUCUAUGUUUGAGGAUAACCUUUUAAUUUAUUUUCUUGUUUU